AUGCUCGCUGCCGCCUCGAGGUACGCCAGACCCACCACCGGCGGCGGCAAUCGUGUACGAUCACUUCUAUCUUUUUCCGCCAUCACCACAACUUACUCAAUUCCCACCACAACAUGUCACUGUUACGGUUACAGUAACGGAAUCAGUUUCAAUAACCGCACCACCCGAACAUGUCCAACCUUACUUUUCUCUGUGAAAGGAUUUCUCUCUGAUUCAUCAUCAUCUUCAUCAUACGGCAGAGUAACUAACCCCUUUAUACUACAACCUAAUUCGAAGGUGGAUGGAAGAGCGCUGUUCUCUACUUCAGCUAAAACUGAUGAUGGAAGUCAGAACCAAAAGAAUUCUACUGUUGCUAAAUUGCCUCCACCUGGUGGACAAGUUGCCGAUAUCAAGAUCCUUCGGGUGCUUGCGAGUUACCUUUGGAUGAAAGAUAAUCUUGAGUUUCGGUUUCGGGUUGUUGCCGCAUUGUUUUUACUUGUUGGAGCUAAGGUUGUGAAUGUUCAGGUCCCUUUCUUAUUCAAGCUUGCAGUUGAUUGGUUGAAUACUGCCACGGGCAAUGCUGGCGCUGUUGCUUCGAAUCCUACUGUGAUGGCGCUUUUUGCUACUCCCGUGGCAGUAUUGAUUGGAUACGGGAUUGCACGUUCUGGAGCUUCUGCCUUCAACGAACUGCGGACUGCUUUGUUUUCCAAGGUAGCACUGCGAACAAUUCGAUUAGUUUCAAGAAAGGUUUUUUCACAUUUGCACGACCUUGACCUUCGAUAUCAUCUAAGUCGAGAAACUGGUGCAUUAAGUCGAAUAAUUGAUCGUGGUAGCCGUGCAAUAAAUUUCAUUCUCUCCGCUAUGGUGUUCAAUGUAGUACCCACCGUAUUAGAGAUAUCUAUGGUAUCAGGUAUACUGGCCUACAAAUUUGGAGCACCUUUUGCAUGGAUUACUUCACUGUCAGUUGCCGCUUAUGUUGUUUUCACACUUUCUAUCACCCAGUGGAGGACUAAAUUCAGGAAAGCCAUGAAUAAGGCUGAUAAUGAUGCUAGUACUAGGGUUAUUGAUUCACUUAUUAACUAUGAGACGGUCAAAUAUUUCAAUAAUGAAGCUCAUGAAACUGAUCAUUAUGACAAGUACCUAAAGAGGUAUGAGGAUGCUGCUCUGAAAACCCAACACAGUCUUGCUUUGUUGAACUUUGGUCAAAAUGCUAUAUUUAGUGCUGCUCUUUCAACAGCAAUGGUUCUGUGUUCUCAGGGGAUCAUGAAUGGCUCAAUGACUGUUGGUGAUUUGGUGAUGGUAAAUGGGCUUCUCUUCCAACUGUCUCUUCCCCUCAAUUUCCUUGGUAGUGUUUAUCGCGAAACUAUACAGAGUCUAAUUGACAUGAAAUCCAUGUUCCAAUUACUUGAGGAAAGAGCAGACAUUAAGGACAAAGAAAAUGCCAAGCCUCUCAAACUUACUGGGGGGAAGGUUCAAUUUGAGAAUGUACAUUUUGGUUACCUCACAGAAAGAAAGAUACUAGAUGGGAUAUCAUUACUUGUACCAGCUGGUAAAAGUGUUGCAAUUGUUGGGACUAGUGGAAGUGGAAAAUCAACCAUUCUCAGAAUGCUAUUCAGAUUUUUUGAUCCCCAUUCUGGAAGUAUAAAGAUAGAUGAUCAAGAUAUUCGGGAUAUAACCCUUGAGAGUUUACGAAAGUCUAUUGGCGUUGUUCCACAAGAUACUGUACUUUUCAAUGAUACUAUAUUUCAUAACAUUCACUAUGGUCGGCUUUCAGCAACAGAAGAGGAGGUCUAUGAAGCUUCCCGUCAAGCAGCAAUCCAUGAUACUAUCAUGAAUUUUCCUGAGAAAUACUCCACUGUUGUGGGAGAGCGAGGGCUCAAGCUAAGUGGCGGUGAGAAGCAGCGUGUUGCUCUUGCUCGAGCUUUCUUAAAAGCACCUGCAAUACUGUUGUGUGAUGAAGCUACAAGUGCUCUUGACAGCACAACAGAAGCAGAGAUUUUAAGUGCAUUGAAGUCAGUAUCAAAGAAUCGAACUUCCAUAUUCAUUGCACACAGGCUCACCACUGCAAUGCAGUGUGAUGAGAUUAUUGUUUUGGAAAAUGGAAAGGUGGUUGAGCAUGGGCCACAUGAAAUGCUCUUAGAAAAUGCAGGAAGAUAUGCACAGCUUUGGGGACAACAAAAUAACUCUAUUGAUUCAAUUGACGCAGCUAUCAAAUUGGGAGUAUAA